UCGUACUGUUACUGCGGCGGAUGUUGAUGUUUUGUUUCGGAGUCUGAACGAUGUGAAGUAAAUCGUUUCAGGGACGGACUGUUUUUUAUUGUACUUGUCUUCACGGUUCACUCCGGUGUCUUUUCCUCGGUGAGGUCUCGUCGUCCGUCGGCAUCGUGUCUCUCCCGGUGUCUCUCCCGGGAAGCGCGCAGCCGAGUCGUGCAAUGAUGGAGGACUUUGACGAGAUCUACGAAGAGGAGGAGGAAGAGGAGGACGAGGACAGGGCCGCGGAGGAGCAGCUCCUUAAGUACGCUCCAGACCCGGUGGUGGUGCGAGGAUCUGGCCACGUCACUGUGUUUGGGCUUAGUAACAAAUUUGAGUCCGAAGUUCCUUCAGCACUUACAGGAAAGGUUGCCCCAGAGGAAUUUAAAGCCAGUAUCAACCGUGUCAACGGCUGCCUGAGGAAGACGCUGCCAGUGAAUGUGCGGUGGCUCCUGUGUGGCUGCCUCUGCUGCUGUUGCACGCUGGGCUUCAGUUUGUGGCCCGUCAUCUGCCUCAGCAAGAGGACAAGACGAUCUCUCGAGAAACUGCUGGAUUGGGAGAACAGCAGACUUUACCACAAGUUGUGUUUGCAUUGGAGACUAAGCAAAAGGAAGUGUGAAACCAACAAUAUGAUGGAAUAUGUCAUCCUAAUAGAGUUUCUACCUAAGAUCCCAAUCUUCAGACCGGAUUAGCUUGACUCAAGCUGAUCUUAAACCACCACCGCUGCCCAGCUCUGUCACAGAACCACAGUGGCUGUCAACACACCUCCCAAAUAUUACAAUUUUUGUUUACAGAGUAGCAUCAAAUAUUUCGCUUUCAUCUUUAACUAGUUCUCCCACACAUACCAUAUCCACACUUAAACACCCUUGUUUACAAAUCCAGCAUUGGCGUCACCACUGAACCACGUUCUUUUGGACAAGAUGGCGCACCGUUAAGCCAUGCAACCCAGUGGCAGCCUGUGGAAAGUCGAAGGAGACCCAGCAAUGGGCAGUGUUAUUCCUUUUGGAGCCAGACCUGGAGACUGUACUCUUGAACUGAGUUCUGGGCUACAACUGGAACUUUUUUUCGCUUGUUUGUUCCCUAAUCCAAGCACAUGGCAUUGUCUGAACAUGGAGAAACAAACAUUUUUAAUAUGUUGCCGACUUUCAUGCUCCACCAACUUCACCUGCAAAAAAAAUACACCCCAGUGCUUUUGAAACAGUUGGUUUUGGUGCUCUAGAUCCUUACUAGAGGCUGUGGAGGCGACAUGACACGGAACUCCAGUGGAAACAUCUUCCACACAAACUCAGUAGUGGACUGACUACUGUCAAAGAGACAUGUUGGGCCAUUACCAGACAUUGUUUUCCUCUCAUCCCUGGCAUUUCUCUGCACACUCGGUGUGUCAGCCUAACCCAGUGACAAUCACACACUUUGACUGUACUCCCCCAUAAUAUGAAGGGGUCCUUAUGCUACACUGUUUACCUGGAACAGUUUGUUUUCACUGUUCUGUGUGUGUCCAGGUGAUGAGCUGGCUGCCAGGCAACAGUUUCGGAGCCACAGUGGAACAAGUAAGCUUGGAGGCAGGUCCACUGUUGACGAUGAGAGGAAUUGUUGCUUUUAUUUUAAUUUUUUUAUUUUAUUUCUUUUUUAAUAUCUCAAGUUGUGUUUACUGUUUUUUGGUGAAAGGCAGGUAGUCAGUGCUUGUGAAGCCGUCUGUAUGUGUUUAUGUUUGUGUGUGUGUGUGUGUGUGUGAGAGCGCGUUUGAGACAGUGAAACCUAAGCAAAAACGACAAAUCAGACAUUGAAUAGACACACUCACUCUGUCAAGCAGGGUUCUUUCUUUGCCAUAAAUGAUCUUUGUUACCUUUUUCUUGUAGUAAUUUAUAAGUGAGUGAGUGUGAACUAGGCCUCAAUUGUGAUUUUUUUUUUGUUUUGUUUUUUCUUCUUCAAACAUGCUCUGGUGGUUCCUUUUUUUGUCUCUGGUCAUGUGUCAACACUAAAGCACACUCGCUUUGUUCUUAACACCUUCACAUGGCCUCUCUUCUCUUUAUCUGCUGACAUUGGUUUACUUACAGUAUAUGUUCAAGUUAAGAAUGUGGAUAUGAUGAGAAGGUCCCUCUGUUUUGAGAUACACUUAUAACAUUUAGAGGCCUGAGAUGACUAAGAUUAUUCAAUCCUCUUUAUUUGGUGUUUGCCAACACCAGUGGUCUGUAUUAUAAUGCAGGAUUACUCCAGUUAGCUUCAUAACUGCACUGAAUAAAAUCAGACUGUUCUGAGAUCAGGAACUCGGUCUUAAAAGUGUAUUCAUUUAUUUUAAAGAUGGAAAAAAAAGGUUUUAUUUGUUAUGAUGAUCCCAGAGACUCCCAGCUCAGUUAUGGCUCGUGUCUUGCAUCUUUCAGCUCAUUGUUUUAAUAUUUCUGGGGCUGUGUUGUCUUGGUUCAACAGGUUUAUUUGCAGCAGGCAGCUGUGUGAUCUCUAAUACACUAACAAUACGUUGCCUACCCAGCACCAAAUACAAGUAAUAAAAAAUAGCAAUUAGCCGUAACAGCUGAAGACACAAAUAUUUUCUCAGGAAUCAGUAAAAAUUACGUUUUAGUGAUGGAGAAUAUUGAAUAUGAGUCAGGCGGCUGUGACUAACUACCAGUUUUAUAUCAACGUUAUAAAGUGGGAUAAUAUUUUUAAGAAGAAAAGAAUGUUAGUUUCAGGCACAAUUUAGUUAAGAUAUCUGGCUAACCGAUAAUCCUGCUUUAAGCUCUAAAACCUUUUCCCUGUCAUGUUACAGAACAAACCAUGAAGCACAUCUCCGUCAUCAAGCAGGAAAAAGGGGACAACAAAGUAAAUCUUUUUGAAUAUAGAUUAAACAUUUCAUUUUUGUUUAAAAAAAAAAACACCCAGAUACUGACUGAGACUGAGAUUGUGUUGUAUCUGAACAAAUGCAUUCAGUUUUUAUGUCAGCUCUUAGCUCUGGUAAAUUAUACGGGUCACACUCAGGGCGUUCUUUUACUCGAUAACCAAUAUGUAGCAAAGGGAAACCUGUCAGGUAUGUGUUUAAAUUUGCACUAUAGGGACGUGCGUAUGAUGCGACACAAAUCACACUUUACUUGCGUUUACAGCUGUAAACGUGUAUUUGGAGUUUGUUUUGGACUAAACACAUGGCCCCCAAGAAAAUUGUGGGCUUCCUGUUUAGAAAGGGAAGGAAGCAUGUGUACUACACACCCCAACAAAGCUUAGAUAUUGUAUUGGCUUCUCAUCUUAAGGACCCAAAUUCACUUGAUUGCCACUGAGCCACACACUCAUUUGUCACUUGUCUAUUUUUUGAAUGAGGUCUGUUCUGUGUAAAUCAAGGCACUGUGUGUAAGUGUGUGCAUGGAGUAUGCAGAUGCAAAUGUCCUUCGUAGAUCAAAGACUGAUUUUACCCUGCACAGACACUGAGUCAUUUUUAUAAAAUCGUAUGUGCUCUGUGUGUUUGUGACUGUUUGUGUGAGGGAGAGAAAGAAAUAUAUGUACAUAUGACUCCUGAGAAGGUGUGUGUACAGUAAUAAACUACAAAUAAACAAGGCUAUGAUCAUCUGCCUGUGUAACUAUGA